CGAUAGGUAGUUUGAUAUCGUUUAUCGAUAGGUCGGGAGUGGCACAGCUGUCUCGCUUUGUUUACAAAGACAAUUUGUUUUACUCAAAGUUUAUUGCUUGUUAAAAAGCCAAAGUCAAGGUAAAAAGAUAAAUAAAAUGGCCUCAGCUUCCAGUUCAAGUGCCCGUCACCUCUUUGAUGACUCGAAGAAGCGCCUAUGUGCUCGAGUGGGUGUAAAUGUAAACAAUUUGGGUUCUGUAGCCAGACAGGUUGUAAGGGGCUCCAAAACCAAUGAAAUAAUGCACCAAACUCUGAAAAACUUCACCCAAGUGGAUGUGGUAUCGGAUUAUAGUCAUCAGAACUUGCAAAAGAUGAAUUUAAUCCUUCAGCACGUGAAUUACCAAUACGAAGUGAUGCACGAUAGUGUCAAUCACUUGGACUACCUCAAGGAGCAGGUCACAGCCAUGGAAAGAUGAUUGGAAGAGCAAAAGCCCAGACAAUAGCAUCACCUCCGUUCUCUUCCUCCGUUUUAGUUACUCCAAAGCCAUCUAUAUAUAUCUAUAAAUCCUAAAGAUAGCCUCGGACAAGGUCAAGAAUAGACCAAAUAGUGCGAGGGUCAGCUUAAGGCCACUAGAAGAGUUGUGCCUCCCGAUAAGAUAAGCCCUUUUGGAGAUUUCUGCAUAAAAAGGCGGCCUCAGUAGAUCCCUCCUCAGUCAAUCACUACAUUCAACAUGCUGAGCUUGGAAUUCGGACUGGGUGUCAUCCUAUUUGUGGUGUGCACGACUGGAGGUCAGAACAUAACGGACGGAGGAAAGGAUGGUCGCAUUGUCGGCGGCUGGGAAACGCACAUUAGCUACUUUCCGCACCAAGUUUCGCUUCAGUUGGGCACCCGCCAUGCCUGCGGCGGUACUAUCCUGUCACCCACCAUUAUCCUGACGGCUGCCCACUGUGUGCUUGAAUAUACAAAACCGCAGUAUUAUUUUAUCAGAGCCGGUACCAGUGAGUGGGCCAGCGGUGGAAGUUAUCUAAGAGUUCGCCGCAUCAUUCCGCAUCCCAAAUUCCACGAGCCCACCCGAAUGAACAACGACAUUGCUAUGAUCCAAUUGCAACAACCUCUCGUCUAUAGUCGGGAUAUUCAGCCCAUAUCGUUGGUCACCAAAGAAGAUAAAAUACAGCCAGCUGCACAACUCUUUGUCAGUGGCUGGGGAUCUCUGGGAGUUUCGCAGAUGCAGCCGGAGAAGCGUUUGCGUUACACAGUUGUGCAGCGCAGGGAUCAGGAUCAGUGCGCUCGGAACUACUUUGGAGCUGGAACCGUGACAAGCACAAUGUUCUGUGCGGGAACUCAGAAUGGUGGCAGAGACAGUUGUCAAGGAGAUUCCGGGGGCCCACUAGUAACAUCAAUCGACGGCCGCAUGAAAAUCUUCGGUAUCGUAUCCUGGGGAUUCGGCUGCGCCAACGCCAUGUUUCCUGGAGUUUAUACAAAAGUCUCCGAAUAUGGUGACUGGAUAGCUGAGACUAUGGAUAAACUAGCUUAAUUUUCAAAUUAAUAGUCCAAAGCUUUAGUUAUACUUAAGUUAAUACCUAGUUCCUGUGCAAGUAAUAAGUCUUAUGUUUAAGCUUUUUUCUCCUCUGUAAAUGAACUUUCCAAUAAUCAAUUUGCUAAUUCUCAAGACCA